GCCAAGUGUCGGUCCCAUGGUUGUCCUUCCUUCGAUUUUAAUAAAUUUACUAUAUUACUAUGGUUUUGUAUAUAUCUGGUGAAGACGUAGAAAAAUUAUUGAGCUAUGAUGACUUGAUACCUAUCAUUGAAAAAUGUUUGGUAAAUUUUUCCAAGAAAGACGAUAAUGGAAUUGUUAUGCCAGUACGAUCAACCGUUGACAACGGAAAUGGAUAUCUUUUUACAAUGCCAUGUUCCUCAAAGAAUGACGAAGCAUUGUCUGUUAAGUUGGUCACCUUAUUUCCUCAACAAAAUCCAAGUAUUGACAGUAUUAUUGUUUUAUUUAAUUCAACAACUGGAUCAAUUGAAACGCAUCUUACUUGUCUUGAAAAGUGCAAGAUUCUCUGCAUUAUUGGAGCUGGUGCUCAGGCGCGGAGUCAUCUUAACGCAUUUCGACAUGUCUGCAAUUUUCAGGAGGUCAGAGUAUGGAAUCGGACAACUAAAAAUACCGAAAAUUUUGCUCAGGAGACUGGUGCGAUUCCUUUUUACAACGCUGAACAGGCUGUCAAAAAUGCAGAUGUAGUCGUUACGGCAACCGGUUCACAAACAGCCGUUUUGUGUGGUGAUUGGUUAAAACCUGGCGCCUUUGUUUGCUCCAUUGGAGCUCCGGUUGAAACAGCCCGUGAACUUGAUGAUGCGGUGAUGUUACAGUCUACAGUGAUAGUUGAUAGUUAUGCUGGCGCUGGAACUGAGUCUGGUGACAUUAUUCUCUCCAAGGUGAAAAUGGACGCAGAAAUCGGUGAGGUAAUUUCGGGAACUGUUUCUUUACCUCAAAAUAAAUUUGUACUUUUUAAAUCACUUGGAAUAGCCGUAUAUGAUGCAAUAACAGCAAAACAUAUAUUUCUCAAGUACAAAGAGAGAGAAAAGGUUACCUGAACAUAGAUGUACAAUAUAUUCCUUUAUCAAACCUAUUCUUUUGAAAUAGAAUUUUUUUAUGUUGUUUAGGUUAAUUGACACUCCAAGUUAAAAUUGUUUGUCAAAAAAGUGAAAAUAAAUCAAUGACAGUCUAAUGUAAAGUGACGUUAAUUUAUCAAUUAUUUCCAAUGCUUGAUCAAUAGUACUUGUACUAUAAAUUUCAAUGAAUGAAGACGUCAGCACAAUA